AUGAGUUACUACUUUGCCAUCGUUGGCACCCAGGACAACCCGCUGUUCGAGCAUGAGUUCGGUACCUCCAAACAGGGCGGCGACGGCCAGUCGCGCUUCAGUGACCAAGUCCGUCAUCUGAACCAGUUCAUUCUUCAUUCGAGUCUUGAUAUUGCAGAGGAGGUGCAAUGGUCACAUGGACAGAUGUACCUAAAGUGUAUCGACAAAUUCUUCAACAACUAUAUAUCAUGCUUCGUCACUGCAGGCAACGUCAAAUUCCUCCUGCUCCACCAACCCAUCGUCCCGACAUCAGGGGCAUCAUCACGGUUGUCAACCGCUAUUGGCGCCAAUCCUACCAGUCCAGCCACUGAGGAAGCCAUCAAGAUGUUCUUUACAGAGGUGUAUGAGAAUUGGGUCAAGGCUAUCAUGAGUCCCUUCUACCGCGCGAAUAUGGAAGUACGCAGUCCUAUCUUCAGGACGAGAGUAGCUGCUGCAGGGAGGAAAUAUCUUUAG